UGACAGAAAAUUUGGAAUCCGGAACUGUAUGACAGUAAACACAGCGUACUGUAAAAGCGAGCCAAGAAAGAAGGCACUCACUCGCUUGAUAAAAAGAAAAGAAAAAACGCACGAGUUUAGUACUCAAAAAAAAAAAAAAUCCUUAUCUUAUCGCCAAGUUUCUCUCUCAUUUCCUUAAUUCGUUUUAUCAGCUCAGUUUUCACACUUCUAACUCCUUCGAAAUCGGUCGCUUUUCAGUUCUUUUUUGUUUUGGUUAUCGUCUGGAGGGACUGAGUCAACUCGGUCAGCAAUCACAGUCCUAUGUUUUUGUAUUUGAGCUGCAUGUCGUGGAUUUUCCAUGGAAACAGUGGUUUUAGUUGAGGGGAGUAAUGAAGGGAAAUUUGAAGAGACCGGCCUUGAGAAAAAUAACUCUGCCUUAUCUUCACCAAAGCAUGUUGCUGAUCCGGUUGUUUACAAGCUUGUUCGGGUUGAGGGGGAUGGGAGAUUAGUGCCCGCAACAGAUGAUGAACUUAUGGAGGUUGAGGGUUUGCUGGAAAAUGAGAAGCGUGAAAUCCAUAUUGUUGCAGACACUGGGCAGGCUUUAGGUUGCACUUCUAAUGAAGUGUCAUCCUCUGGCAUUCAGUUGGAAAGUUCAGAAGGUUUGUCACAAUCUGAGAACACAGAAGCUGAUGCUGAAAAGUUAAGUGCACGCCUUGAGUACAUCGAGGAAAUGUUGCACAAGGUCAAACACGAAGAGAGGCUCCGCUUAUCAUGUCGAUCUCCUGAUCAUUCUUCUGCUUAUAUGAAUGUAGACAGCCACUGUUCUGAACAGCAUGAUAAAUUGCUUGGUAUUGAUCAGAAGCUCCAAUCUCAAAUUCCUUUGCAGGAAACGGUCCUCUCUGGGACACAAUGCAUGAGUGACAAUCAUGUUACCCAAUCUGGGAGUGUUGGGGAGCGCUCAAAACCUCUAGAUGAGCUGAUAGAAGGUGGAUCAUCAACUUCUGCAGGCUGUAUUAGUUCAAAACCUGAUUUUUCCAAGUUGAAGGGGGAAAUAUGCUUGGAUAAUUUAUCAAUUAAAGAACUUCAUGAAGUUUUUAAGGCAACAUUUGGGCGAGACACUACUGUCAAGGACAAGCAGUGGCUUAAAAGAAGGAUUGCCAUGGGAUUGACUAAUUCUUGUGAUGUUUCUACUACAACUUUUGUAAUCAAAGACAAUAAAUUGGUGAAAAAGGUUAAAGAAGAUAGUUGUAACAAUGUGGAUGGGGCUACUAGCGAAGACCACCCAGUAGUUGGAGUUGAAAACCAUGAAGAUUUGCUUAAUAGCCUUAGUAGUCAAAUAGAUGAGCAUCAAACAACUUCUGGGAUGAGAUUGGGAAGUAACAGCCAUGAAAACACUUAUAGUGAAGAUCUCGCUGCGGAGCAGAGAGCUGCAAAGAGAGUUCGGAAGCCAACAAGGAGAUAUAUUGAAGAACUUUCUAAAGAAGAGUCCAAAGAGUACAGUGGCAGGUUAAUUCCUUCAGCUAAAAAUAUAGGGAUUAGACCCAUGGCUUUAAAAUCUCAUGCUAGACCUGCUAGAAAUGGCUCCUUGGAUGGGAGAACUAUUAUCACGAGGUUGGAUUCCCUUGGAGGAUCUGGGAUUCAGGUUCCAUGUGUUUAUCGGGUUCGAAGAAGCCGGCCAAGGAAGAAUGUUAUGGCUCUUUUGAAAUUCCAUCCCAGUGGCAUGGGCAUGACAACAACGUUUGUAAAGAAGGGUCUUGAUGUACACAGUUCUCAAAUGGACAAUGGUAGUGGGAACAAAGUUUUGGAAGCCAGAUCUACUCCUGAGCAAACUCUGCAACAGGUUGUAGCUGAACCAAAGAAAGAGAAGCCAGCAGCUGAGCUGGGGCAACACAUGGGGCUAAAACAUGUAAAUCUAUCUGGAGAUAGUUCAGAUGAUAAUGUUGUUACUGUACCAACAGCAAAGGGUGGAACUAGAAGGAAACAUCAUCGAGCCUGGACUCUCUCGGAGGUCAUGAAGCUAGUUGACGGUGUUGCUAAGUAUGGAGCUGGCAGAUGGUCUGAGAUCAAAAGGCUUGCCUUUGCAUCCUAUUCAUAUAGAACCUCUGUUGAUCUUAAGGACAAAUGGAGGAAUCUGCUGAAAGCAAGCUUUGCCCAGACACCUGUGGACAAAGGGGUAAAUUCACGGAAACAUCCUUCGAUGCCCAUUCCUGCACCAAUUUUGUUACGUGUGAGAGAGCUUGCUGAGAUACAGUCACAGGUUCCACCAAAUCUUAGUGCGAGCAAGCUGGCUGCAUGUGGUGGCAGAAGUGUAAAUGAAACAAGAUCAGGAUACUUGUAACAUUGUAAAUAAUAGAUUUUAGUUGUCUAAACUAGAAAUAAGAUGCUCUAAUUCUCUAUACUAUCUAGCAGAAGUGUUUUUCGUAAAAUUGAUGAUUUUGGGAUGGAUGGGUAGAUGUGGAGUUUGUUUAACAUAUGCUGUGCUAACUAGGCAUUCUUGGUUCUUGAACCAGAAUGGCCUUUCAAUACAACUUAUGGAAUUGAAAACUGCAUGUACCAAAUGGCUGAAGAUCGACCAGGGGUCCUUUGCUGCUGUUGGUUGUUGCUAGGUUUCAGGGAA